UGCAAUCUUCAGGGUGAGCAGGCAGAAAGGGCUUGGUCGGGGUGUCACUGGUGUAUGUGUGCGGCUCUGGACAGCAGAAAACCGGGCUGACGACGCCGCAGCUGCUGCUGAAGCCCCGUAGAUGAAUCUCCUCCUCGGCUAUGCUGCCCUGAGAGCUCCGCGUGUACCCACCCUGCCAACAUGUCCGAUGUCAACAAGACUAUUCAGAAAUGGCACGCCAGUUUUAGGAAAGGCACGGACUUUGACUCGUGGGGACAAUUAGUGGAGGCGAUAGAUGAGUACCAAAUUCUGGCGAGACAGCUCCAAAAAGAGGUCCAGUCAACCAAUUCAACAGACUUCACAGAGGAGCAGAAGAAAACUUUAGGGAAGAUUGCAACAUGCCUGGAGAUGAGGAGUGCAAGUUUACAGUGCACACAGUCAACGGAGGAGUUCAAGUUAGAAGAACUGAAGAAACUGGAAACCAUCAUUCAGAAUAUUCUGACCUACAACAAAGAAUUCCCCUUUGAUGUGCAGCCAGUGCCCUUAAGGAAGAUCCUGGCUCCAGGUGAAGAGGAGAACCUGGAGCUGGAGGAGGAGGAUGCAGCAGCAGGAGCGGGCUCUACAGAAGCUUUCCCUCCGCGCGCCCCCGCUUCACAAGGUACCUUGUUGCCACGGUUACCCUCAGAGCCAGGGAUGUCACUACUAACGAUAAAGAUUGAAAAGAUUGGGCUGAAGGAUGCUGGGCAGUGCAUCGAUCCGUACAUGACCAUCAGUGUCAAAGAUGUGAACGGUGUCGAUCUGAACCCAGUUCAGGACACACCCGUAGCCUCCAGGAAGGAAGACACCUACAUUCACUUCUCUGUGGACGUGGAGAUCCAGAGACAUGUGGAGAAACUACCAAAAGGAGCAGCUAUCUUCUUUGAAUUCAAGCACUACAAACCCAAAAAGAGGUUUACCAGCACAAAAUGUUUCGCUUUCAUGGAAAUGGACGAGAUCAAGCCGGGCCCCAUCGUAAUUGAACUGUACAAGAAGCCCACAGACUUUAAGAGGAAGAAACUGCAGCUGUUAACAAAGAAACAACUUUAUCUUCAUCUUCAUCAGACGUUACACAAAGACAGCUAAGUCUCAGCAGGUGUUUGGUUUUAAAUCACCUCUUUUAGUCUGUCUUACAUCCACACGGUGCAACAUGUGGUGUUUCACUUCAUCACAUCCAGCAAUACUAAAUCAACCUCAUACAGCUUUUUAAAAAGAAUAUAUGAAGAAAAUAAAGGGAACUAAGCUCAGAACAAAAUAUUACUUUUAUAUUCUAUCUUCCUUUCUCAUUAUUUUUCAUAUCCCUGCUGUUGGAGUUAAAACUUAUUUGUUUUGUCUGAUUAAAGACGCAGAGCUUUCACACUACAGCAGGUGUGUGUUCAGUCAAAGCACCUCUUUUCGAGUCUUCCUUAGCUCACUGAUUUUGGGAAACGAGACAAAAUGUGAGUCAUCGCAGGUGCUUAAUCUGUGUCUUUCACUUUCUAUCACCACCCUUCGUUGGUGCUUUUAGGCUCUAAAGUUAAGUUUUAAAGCAAAACAUUAAAAGUAUCUGAAGCUGUCUAUUAUGUGGAAAUGAGGGGUGUACCACAAAGUGAGAUUAGAGGUCUAUUGACCCAAGGUCAGAGUUUUCAGUGCCACACAGCUGGCUAGAUAGACAGCUGCAGACAUCUUGAAGUAGAAAGCCUGAGUUAACAUGGAAAGUUCAUAACCAUGUUCGUGGUACCUUAUAUGAAGGGUUUCCCAUUGAGUGGCACUUAACUUGAACAGCAGGAAAGACCUUUACACAGUAUUCAUCAGCAGUGCAUUGAAUUAUUACACUCAAAUAACAUCUCUUCCCUUUUGAAAUGUUUGACUUGAUAAUUUGUAACCGCUGAGGUUGCAUCCAUCACACCCAUCCUUUGUGUAAAUGAUAAUAUCAGCAGCAUAAAGCUGCAGAAAAAGGUCAAAGGAUGGCAUAUGAGGCUAAUUUUUAACAUGAGAAAUCACACCUCAGUCAGUGAAUUUGUUGGAGGGAAGUAUUUUCAGUGUGUGGUAAACAUUGUACAACUUAAGGCUUUGUCAAGCCAGCUUAGUCAAAGAAAGCCUGGGUAAGUUAAACUUGCUUUGUGGUGUACCCCUUGCCAGGGAAAUCCUGGUGAUGGUUGGAAAUAAACACUGAGUAACAGCACAUAAAGACAACACUGAGUGCUCUGUAGAGCCAACAGACUUAAUAAAUCCUGAUAUAAUCCACUAAUGCCUUUAAGAGUGCACAUGUGCCAUAACUAAAGACUUUUAAUGUGUUUGAUUAUAACCAAGUGGAUCAUUGACAAGUGAGUCAUAAAAACCUGAGUAAAAGAGGUUUAUAUUUACAGAUCAGUUAUACAGCUUUUUGUUUAAACUUACAGCUAAUUAAAUUUUAAUAUUUUAUAACAAAAAUCAUUUUUAAAUAUCUGUUAAAUUAAAACUUUUAGCUAAUCCAUUUCCUACUGUUCACCUACACAAACAGACCAUCAUAACUUCUGAACAUCCAGGCUCCGUCUACAUCUGACAUCAGUCUACAUCUUUUUAAUCACUUGAGUUCAGCAAAUAAAAGAUGAAAUAACUCUGAGGUAUUGUCACAGUUUAAAACGUGUGAACCCUCUGGUGACUCAUUCAGCAAACAUGGAGAAACAUUUGAAGUGCAUUACAGGUAUAUUUUGGGCAGUUUCACUGCCUUUUUCUCACUUUAGCUGAUUAUCCAACUUGUUAACAACCAACUAGCUGCUAACUUUGCCUUAGUGCAUGGCAGAUAGUGCAGGGGGUCCUCCAAUUUACGGUGGCCUGCAAGGGCAGAUGACAUUAGGAAAAAAUGCACAGAUAGCUCUUCCAGUGAAUGUUCUCACAGACCUGCAGCACUUCUGUAAAUAAUUUACAUCUCUCUGCUUUGCAGAUGUGUUCUGAAUGUGUUUUUGAUUUUACUUUGUGUUGAUAUUUGCCGUGCCUUUUCAGGGCUGUAUUUGUUUUGGACAUUUGCACGUUGCAUCAUGUCUGAAUUUGCUUCAUGUUUUAACUAAAGUGUAAUUUUCAGUUACUGAUCAUUUGCUCUUGUUGGCCACCGUACUAAAAACCUCAACCAUACAGAUAAAUCCAGAAAAUCCAGGAAUGACAAGCUGCCAUUACUGCAGUGGCCUUGCUAUAAUCCCUAACAAGUCCGUUACUGAAGCAAAAACGAAAGAACAAAACAUGUUACUUUUCUCAUCCAAUGUUGAUUUGCUCCAUUUGAUUCCUGAAGUUGAUUUGGUGAUGGGAUAAAUGAUUAGCAGUGUGUACCUGGUGUUUUAUUUUGAAAGUCAACUGAUGCUCUGUGCAUUCACUGUCUGAUUUCCUGUUUGGGUCAACCUGCCCUGCUCAACUUGAUGCUUUCUGAAAGUGGCUUUGUCAAACUGCACAGAAGACAAGCUUUUACUUCAUGAAGAGAUAUUCUUCAGAAGUGGAUCAAGCAAACAUGAUUUUCUUUUCCCUUUCUGAAUGAUUUGAUGCCAUUUUUACCAUUCAUCUCCAGGCAAUGCAUAAAAUAAUUGAAUGUGUAUUUUAAUUCUACCAGCUAGCAAGUGUAAUGAUUUAAGAGCUGCAUUUAAUCAUUGCAGACCAGCUGCAUUAGACAAAAAUGACUGACGUAUUUAGAAAAAAGUUUUGCCAGUACUGCAGGUCUAUAAUAAUUUAAUAAAGCUUUUAAAUUAUGAUUCCAGCUGGUGAGUAGAAUAUUGUUACAUAUGUCAUCACAAAUAUGUGGCAAAUGGUCAAGAUUCUUCUUAAUCACAGUGGUAAGCAAUGUCUAAUAUCUUUAAUUUUGCUCAAGAUUGUUUAAUUAGGGUGCCUUUAUCAGCUGUCAACUACCCAUGCUGCUGUCACGGUCAGGAGACCACCACAGUAAUGGCCAAGACAGUCUGGCGGCAGAUCUCAGACACCCCCUCAUGCAGACCACUACAGUGAAACACAGCAGAAAUGUACUUUGAUAUGGAGUAUUUCCAUAUUAAAGAGAUUGAAGAGAAAGUCAGAUUAAACUUGCUGUUAGUAAAGUAAGGGUUAAGGAGAAUGUUAGGCUACCAAAAGUUUAAAAAAAAAAAAAAAAAAAAAAAACCUGACCUGCACAGUCUAAUCACAAAAUGUCCAAUAAAGCUGAGUGAACAGCCUGCUUAAAGGGAAAAAUGCUUGUCCUUCAAGAAAACACUCUAACGCAGCUAACACAGCUUUGGCUAAAGCUAACAAAGCUAACAAAGCUACUCAGAUAACGAAGCUACUUAGAUAACAAAGCUAUGUAGCUAACAUACUUUCAUUAUCAAUGUAGAUUACAAUGCUAUGUAGCAAUCAAAACUAUGUUAGCUGUGUAGAUAACAACACUACAUAAGCCAUAAAGGUUACAUAUUUACAUAGCUAAAGUGAUGCUACAUAGCAGAGUGUCAGAGGCUGGACCACACCUCAACCAUGCCUCUUCUUGCAUUUCCAUAACCUUAAACCUGACCAUUUCCUCCACUUUUGUUCUCGUACUCCACAACCCUCCCCAUCAUUCCAGUAUCUAAUCAAUUAAUGUCAAAUUGCAAUCUAGUUGAUGGUGUGGUUCUAGUUAGUGAAUUUGAAGCUAAUGUCACUACAUAGCUACAUAACUAAUGUAAAUAUAGCCAAAGCAAACUGAGCUACAUUAGCUAUGUUCAUUUAUGCUACAUUUGGCAAAGCUAAACACGUUUUAGAAGUAGUUGUGCCACCAAUGGCCAGCUUUUGCUUUUUUGCUUUAGCUAAAGCCAGUGCAGCUUCAUUGUUUUAUGUAGUAACGUUAACUAUAUAGCCAGCGAAGCUUCGUUUGCUUUAGCUGAAGCUAAUGUAGCUAUAUUGGCUUAUGCAGUAACGUUAACUACAAAGCCAGCAAAGUUUUGUUUGCUUUAGCUGAAGCUAUGUAGCUACAUUGGCUUAUGCAGUAACGUUAACUACAUAGCCAGCGAAGCUUUGUUUGCUUUAGCUGAAGCUAAUACGAGCCACCAGUUGCAUAACUUUUCCUAAAACAGGUCUCUAUAUAAUUUCAUUCUAGAUUAGACAUCGGACUUUUUUCUUGUCUGUUUAUGAAAUGCUGUUUAGCCUGUAAUGUUUGCUGUGUAGUUAUUUUAUGAUUGUAACCGCCACUUUUUGUUUCUAAAAGAACUUCUAAAAUGGUUGCAUUCCAAUGGUUGCCGCAUCUCACCAGAGUGGUCUUCAAGAGGUGGCAUCUGAGAUCUGCGGUCUGUAGCUAGACCCCUCUCAUUAUGGCAGCUCCCUCAAAACAGCCCAGGGUUCAUCUAUGUAACAAUGAUGUUGAACAUAAGAUGGCCCAAUUAGUCCUGAUGGAACACUCAGACUACAUAAGGGUUUUUUGUUUGGUUAAAGACAGUGUUUAACUCAGAAGUGGCAUUUUUUAACAUUAAAUACAUUUUAAUAUUCUUUGGUUUAUUAUUCUUAAGUCAUGGAAGAUUUCUCUAUCCUUGUGAGGUAAUUUACAUCAAACAUUUCUGAGCCAGAAUUUUUCCAAUUUUUUUAUCAUGUAGCUUUAAACGUCCAUGUAACUGAAUGUCCAACAAUAGUUUAUGCUUCAUUACAGACUUUUUAAUUAAAUCCACUAUAGUAUGAUUGAAUUAUGUAAAUUUUUUUUUUUUUUUAAGGAAUUAAGAGUGUAUUGGAUGCAGGAUGACUCAUGAUGUUGGUGUCUGUCCUGUAUUCAGGGUGAAGAUUUUAUAUUUUCCUUUUCUCCAUAUAAGCAGUCAUCUGGUUGGAUUAUUCAGGUGUGUUUUGAAUUCUAGUGUUAUUUUGUGUCAUCAUUGGCUUACGAAGGACUGUAAUGGUGCACGAUGUUUUGCUUUUCAGAAUCAUCUUUCAAUCUGUAGAUACGUAAAAGCUCACUACAUCUAUUUGAUUUUUUACACCACCCUUUUAUAAAGGGGCUUUUUGAAAAAAAAAUAAUAAUAAUGAAGUGUUCCUGUUUCCAUCCUGUCUUUGCAGAUGUUCUCCCUCACUCAAGCAUCUACAUUGUAAUAUUUGUUUUUCAGAUUUUAUUUUUGUAACAUCACGCUAUUCAGGACUGUAAAUUAACUGUAAGAUACACUAACUGAUGAAUAUACAGUAACUGUGUGUAUGGAUUGAUACGACGUGGUUGGACUGAUGACCUGUGGAGUGUUGUAGCUUGUUCACACUGAGGGGGAUUGUAUCAAAACAUUUACAAUGCUUUAAUUUUUAAUAAACUACAAAUGAAGAUGAUUGGUGGAUUUUUUUUC